AUGCACCGCGCGCAGGCCGGGCGGCGACUGGACCGUGCCGCGGAACCCGGCGACGAGAAGGACUCGGUGCGACGGGCACGCCGGCGCGCAGCUGGCGCGAUGCCGUUCAGCGAGCGCACGAACGCCGUGCUGGCCGUGGUGGCGUGGAUGUCCGCGAACUCGACGCUCGCGCUGACGAACAAGUACAUGAUGGCGCUGUCGCCCAUGCGGCUGCCCAUCCUCCUCACUUGCCUGCACAUGGCCACAUCCUGGGCCCUUGGAACGACCGUCGUGAGCGUCGGCUUGCUCCCGGCCCAAACAAUCCAGACGACGCGCCAGCUCCGCGGCAUCCUGGUGCUCUCGUCCUCGGUCGGCGCCUCCGUCGCGCUCGGCGUCGCCUGCCUCCGCUACAUCCCCGUGUCUCUGGACCAGGCCGUCGGGUCCGUCACGCCCGCCGCCACGGCCGUGCUGGUGUACGUCUUCCUGCGGCGCGUCGAGACGAAGCAGGUGUAUGCCACGCUCGGCGCGGCGAUCGCGGGCGUCCUGCUGGCGUCCCAGGGCGACCCGUCGUUCCAGGCCUUCGGAUUCCUCCUCUCCGUGCUCUCAACGCUCAUGCGCGCCCUCAAGUCAGUCAUGCAGCAGAAGCUCAUGUCCACUGACAAACAGAAGCUGGACGCCAUCAACUUGAUGCGGUUCCAGGCGCUGGCGGCGUGCGGCAUCCUCCUGCCGUUCGGAAUGUACUUUGAGGGCGUCGGGGAGCUCUACGGCGUCCUGCACCGCCAGUACGCCGCCGGAAACGGUCUGUGGCUGCUGUUUUUCGGCUGCAACGUUGUACUGGCUUUUUUGACGAACCUGACGCAGUUCUGGAUGACCAAGGCCACGAGCGCCAUCACGUCGCAGCUGAUGGGCUCCGCGAAGAGCGUCCUCCUGUCGGCGGUCUCCAUCGUCGUCUUCCGCAACCCGGUGACGCCGCUCACGGCGAUCGGCUACGUUGUCACGUUUGGGUCCAUCGCAGCGUACACACGCCUCAAACAGCUGCCGGAGCACGCGUCGCGGGACGUGGGGCAGGGCCUGCCUGUCGUGCAGCCGGAGGAGGCAACCAAGCUGCUGCACGACGCCUCGGACGGCAGUCUGACCCAGAACCAUAGCCAGAAGCUCAGCAGCGUAUGA